CUUAAAAACACUCCGGCAACUCCCUCCAGCAGGAAACAUCGAUUCUAACACUGCCUGAGCCACAUGCUGGACGACUGGUUGUCCUCUAAAGUUCCAGUACAUAGUGCUUGGUGUUGUGGCGUCAUCCGGUGGUAACCAUGACUACUCCAGAGACACCUAACGGAGUGGUGCACCGAAACAUAAAGACCCCUCAGUCAGAGGAGAUCUCUGGUCCUGCAGCUGGAAACCGUAAUAAUGUGUCAGAUGAAGAUCUAAGACAGUGGCAGAAACAUGCGCAGAGGGUGAAGGAGAAGGUCCUGGAGCAGGUCCAGGUUCAGCUCAGUGAUUUACUGGACCAAGCUCUGACUGAAACUGUGGAGUCUUUCACCCAAACACAGCCAACAUUCAAUGGAAAGACAACAAACAAAUCUGCACCCAGAUCUCAGAGAGCGGAUGAUGGCAAAGUGUUUGUGGCCAGGCCGUCACUGUUGGAUGAACUCUUUGAGAUCAACCACAUCAGGACCAUCUACCACAUGUUCAUCGCUGUACUCCUCAUGUUCUGCCUGAGCACACUGGCUGUGGACUACAUCGACCAGGGCAGGAUAGUUUUGGAGUUCGACCUGCUGUUCUUCGCCUUCGGGAAGCUGGGGACGGUGGUCUGGGCCUGGGCUGUGAUGUUUUUCUACACGCUGCUGGUCCCCUACCUCACGCUGGUGAUUUGGGGGUCUUUGUACAACACCUGCCCCUCUAAGCUGGGUCUGUCCCUCGGCACGGGGCUGAUCCUGUCUGCAGUGCAGACCUACGUCCUGGGACUCUUCCCCAUCUUUGUGGUUGUACAGUACCAGCUGCCACCAGCCUCGCGGUUUAUUGUGAUUCUGGAGCAGAUUCGAUUCCUGAUGAAAAGCUACUCAUUCAUAAGAGAAACCGCUCCUGUUAUCAUGAGGAACACACCAAAGGAAGGAGAAAGCCCCAGAUUCCCAUCACUUUCCAGCUAUCUGUACUUCCUCUUCUGUCCGACUCUCAUCUACAGGGAAUCAUAUCCUCGGAAUACCCAUAUAAGAUGGAAGUAUGUUGGCAUCACAACUGGAAUGAUUUUUGGAUGCCUCUUUUAUGCCUACUUCAUCCUGGUCCGCCUUUGUGUGCCCGUCUUCAGACCUGAGACCAAACAGCCUUUCACUAAACGAACUAUGGUCCUGGCUGUGUUCCACUCAAUAUUACCAGGUAUAAUGCUCCUCCUGCUGUGUUUCUUCGCCUUCCUGCACUGCUGGCUCAACCUCUUCGGGGAGCUCCUGCGUUUCGCUGACAGAAUGUUUUACAAGGACUGGUGGAACUCGACGUCCUUCGCCAACUAUUACCGUACCUGGAAUGUGGUCGUUCAUGACUGGCUCUACCAAUACGGAUACAGAGACUUCCUCUUGCUGUCCAAGAGGAAAUUCCGAACAGCUGCUAUGCUCUCCGUCUUCAUCGUCUCUGCUGUCGUCCAUGAGUACGCCCUGGCCAUAGGCUUCGGCUUCUUCUAUCCCGUCAUGUUCUUUCUCUUCGCCAUCUUUGGAGUGGUGUUCAACUUUGCCAUGAAUGACAAGCGACAGAGCCCCGUGUUCAACGUGGUCAUGUGGGCGUGUCUCUUCCUGGGACAGGGCGUCCAGGUGUGUCUGUACUCACAGGAGUGGUACGCUCAGAUACACUGCCCUCGGACAGAGAAUAGCUUCUGGGAGAUGGUGACGCCUCGAUCGUGGUCCUGCAGCUACCAGAGAUGAUGCUGCCUUUCUGUGAGAACCGAGGGAUAAAUGAUGAAAGGGUAAAGGUCUGAACAAUUGAAGACUGGCAAUAGCAAGGAACUUGAAAUGUAUGUUAAUAUAUAUGUUCUUUUCUGUAUUUUUGUGUGUUAAGAUGUAUUUGGGUCAAGAUGUGACUGUCACUGUUAUCUUGUUGAGUUGUUAUUCAGACGUGACGCUAUUCAUAAGUCUCAAUUCUGAAUUAUUCCUAUUUUUAUACAGAAAGUAUUAAAUACUGUGAAAAAACUCAGGCCGUGUAAAACGUUCUUUGAAAAUGAUUGCAAUGAGCUGAUAUUUAUCAUUUGAUUGUUGUACUGUAAGCAAAAUGUUGCACAUCAAUAAAAUGUAUCGACAAAA